GUUCUUUGGGCCAUCAGUGGACGAGGAUGCAUUGGCGUACCUGACUCUCGCCAACGACAUGCUGCACCAGCUCAACCCCAGCUUCAUCACCAUUGCGGACGAUGUGACGGUGUACCCGGGUGUGUGUGCGCCGACGCACCAGGGCGGGCUGGGCUUUGACCUGCGGCUGAACACCGCGGCCAUGGAGAUGUGGCCGUGGCUGCUGCACCAUGCGUGGCCGGGCGGGGAGGCACGGGACGGGCAGAAGCACCUGGAGGAGUGGAGCAUGGAGGAGAUGAUGAUGACGCUGCUGCAGCAGGGGUCGGCAGAGCACACUCUCGUGUGCGCUGAGAGCCACUGGCAGGCUGUUGCGGGGGAUCCUCUAGCUCACGUGCUCAUCGGCCGAUACAUGCCUGAUGAUGAUGCGCCAUCAGCAAGAACACGCUCCCUCACACCAUCAUCGUCAUCAUCUCCAUCAACAGCAGCAGCAGCAGCAGCAGCAGCAACGCCAGCAUGGUACCAGCAACCACAAGUGCACAGAGGGACGGCCCUGUACAAACUGAUUCGGCUGAUAACCCUGGCAGCGGCAGGGGAUGCUUUUCUGUCGUUCAUGGGGAAUGAGUUCGGCCACCCCCAUCGCCUGCACCUGUCGUCGCGGCCGCACGAGGGCUCGUCGCAGUGCUGCUGGCAGCUGCAGGAUGACGCCCGCGGCCCCUUUGCACAGCUGGCCGCUUUUGACAGGGCGGUGAUGGCACUGGACGAGAGGGAGGGAGUGCUGGCGUUGGACAAGCCUCACAUGCGCCAUGUUAGCGAGGAGCACCGGGUGGUGUGUUUCACGCGCGGUGCGCUGCUCUUCCUCUUCAACUUCCACCCCUCCCGCUGCUUCGCCUCCUUCUCCGUUGCCCUGCCACGUGCCGGCGAGUACACUUUGCUGCUGGACUCGGAGGCACCUGAGUACGGCGGCGGCCACGGCACCCACGGUAUCCACGCGCCGCCGACAGUGCACGCCACACCCACACCGCUGCCGCCCCACUCGCAAUCAUACCGCAGGGGAGCCACUGCAUCCUUCGCCCUGCCUGCUCUCACUGCCCAGGUGUACCGACUUGAUAGAAUCUGGGAGGGCAAUCCUGCCUCUGUGCCCUCUGAGCUUGUCUGACUCUUUCCUGAGUCCUGACUCCUGUUCUGGCCCCGCCGUUGGCUUGGUGUUUUGAGUUGAGCGACACUACCCUUAUGUCGUUUUCAUUGCCUACUUGAGAAUGCAGCUUCGGUAAUUUCAGUCGCCGGUUUCUAGAUCCCAGCUAGGUACAAUGAAGAGCAGGGUGAUAUCGAGUCGAGUGCUCAAUGUUCAUCCUCCAAUAGGAUAUGCCCUGUACUUGAACGUGGGGCAGUUGGUUGUGUUAACGUAGAAACAAAUGAUUACAAGAGGUGGAAACCUAGAACAAAUACUAGUUGGUUGU